AUGGGCGGCUGUUUCUCUUCUCCUCGAUACAUGGGCGGUGGAUUUGAACCUGGACCCGGGCCUCGUCCACAUCAUCAUGGGCCUCCAGGUGGCUUCGGCGGUGGCUUUGGCGGCCCUCCUCACCUCGCCGGUGGGGGAUUCGGCGGCGGCUUUGGUGGUCCAGGAGGACAUGGGGGCUUCGGUGGCCCUGGGGGUGGUGGCCCAGGCUUUGGCGGCCCGGGUGGCGGUGGGGGCUUUGGGGGCCCCGGAGGAGGUGGUGGUGGCGGUGGCUUUGGAGGUCCCGGAGGGGGGCGCCCUGGUGGGUGGUAA